AUGCGAGGCAAGGUCUUGCUCGACCAGGACCUUAGUGACGAUGAUGUUGGCUGGACGUCCUGGAUUUACACCGCAGCAGAGGACCGAGAUUGGGUGGCCAAGAACUGCAACAUCACCCAGACCAUUGAACUCACCAAGGAGUUUCAGGAUCAGCUGACGCUGAUCAGAUCACGGAAGCUUGGAUUUCGGCACAUCCCCGGCACCUUUCGCCCUUCGCCGUCCGCGCAGUUGGCCAUCGAGCUCUUUGACCUGAAGGACACCCCCGACGGCGACGCCGACUCCCCGAAGUGCGCUCGGGGCCCCGAAGUGAAGGAUCACCGAGGUGAGACAGACAGCCUUAUCCGAGUCAUACUCAAGACCUGGUACUGGGGCCUAGCCAAAGCCCUGUGCGGAGCCGAGAUCGUGGAUCACGCGAUGCCCACCGGCUUCCGGUACAAGCUUUGGCUUCUAGCUGCCAGCAUGGGCGAGUGGACGGACGCUCUGCCUGAGAAGGGUCGGCAUUGCCUGGAGUUCGACUUCGAGUACAGCGCCAAGUUCGAGGCCAAGCUCACGCCCUUCGAGGUGGGCCCUUCGGCCUGGAUGUGCGAGUUCGCGCGGCUUCCGAAGCGGAUCGUCCAGUCGCCCAACAAGCUCUCCACGGAGAAGUUGGGCGGCGAUGGCGAUGAGUACAUCUACGGAAGAAAUGUUUGGAUCCGAGAUCGCUUCGGCUUCCCGCCCAAGGAGGUGGAGAACAUGCAGCACGAUAUCUCACUGGAGGUGUCGGAGACUUGCAUCUUUCGGGCCACCACACACCACUCCGACGGUGUGGACAUCCGCCUCAAGCUCACGGCCCAAGGCCAGUCCGCGCAGCCUCAAGGAGACAGCGUCCAGCCGUGCAAGAGUAUGAAGCAUCCCGGGCCUGUGCCGCGGCACUCCAUCUUCUGCCUUCUGCAGCCAGGUAUGUACACGCUCACCUUCUAUGCCCAGUACCCGCUGGGAGGUUUGCAUCCCUGCAGCGACUUCUUUGCCCAGGUCGCGCUGCGGCCGGCCGCCCUCACAGAGCAGACAACGCGCCAGAAGUGCAUCGCUGAGGUGCGCGGGCUGAAGGAAGAUAGGACACUCGAGUCACGAUUACCGGAGCACUUCCUGGAACAGGCCACGCUAGAUAUUGGCAAGUACUUGGACCCUUAUCCCAACGGCCCAAUGGCAUUCACGCUGAAGGUUUUUGCCAGAACGAUGUGGCCCAUCCUGACCAAGUUCGGUGAAGGAGUCGUCAAAGACGAGCUGAUGCCCAAAGUCAAUGCAAAGCUUCCUUCACAUUUGGCCAUCAGCAUUCGAAGGUUCUCCCUCGGCGACAAGCCGCCCGAGUUUGGGCCUUUGAGGAUCAUCGAGACGACAAACGCCAUUUUCACCCAGAUUGACGACUCUGACCGGAUCCGCGCGCUUCUGCCAAUCAGUUGGCAAUCGGAUGAGGAGAUAGCAGUGAUGGUGAUGGGUCUCCCAGUGGGUGUCUGCUCCAUCAAGGUGAGGGGAGAGCUCCUGGUGGAUAUGGGCCCGAUCAUGGACACCGCUCCUUUCAUCGCCGGGGUUGGGUUCACGCUGCCAGAUCCGCCGCAAAUUGCGUUCGACCUGACAGGCGUUGCCAAUGUUGGUGAUCUGCCGCCGAUCAAGCAUGCCAUCUACAAGCUGAUCGAGACCUUGAUCGCGGAGCAGUUGGUGUUGCCCAACAGAAUAGGCAUCCCCACAGAAUACAUCGGGGCCGACCCCUGGGUGGUCAAGAACCCGGCGCCCAUCGGAUUGCUGCGCAUCAAUGUGGUGAGCGCCUCGAAUUUGCCCUCGGAGGACAUGACAGGGCAAAGCGAUCCCUUCGUCGAGGUGAAGAUUGGCUACAGCGACAAGGACUUUACGUCCAAGGUGAUCAAUGAUCAAACGUCGCCAGUCUGGAAUGAGCAAACUGCAUUCUUCCCGGUGUAUUCACUCUUCCAGCGUCUUCACGUCCAUAUCUACGAUAGCGACUUCUGGACCCCCCACGACUCCAUCGGUCAAAUCCAAGAGCUGCGGGUCCAUGACGUGAUCUUGCUCGACGGGCCCAAGGACUUCCCACUUCAUCGGGCGGAUGGCAAACAAGUGCCCAAAGCCACAAUGAAGCUGGGCUUCGAGUGGCUGGAGCUGAAGCCGGCGCUCAUGACGGACAGGGUGCCUGUGGCCGUGGAUGUCUACAACCUCUCCGUAGUCAUCGACAAGAUCAUUGCCAGCUCUGCUCAUCGACGGAAGGGCUAUUACAUCUCUGGCCAGAUCGACGCCCGUGAAGAGGGCGCGAAGGAGGACACCAAAGUCAUGGAGUUUACCACCGCUCAAGCAACAGAGUCGGCGGGGCAUAGAGAUCAGUUCGUCUACGCCAGUGUGCUGACCAAGAUGGAAGAGCACAAGAUGAGCGUUGAACAGCAGUCAGCCAUAACAGGCCUCACCGUGGAGGAGAUCAAAGCCUUUCAGAUGGGUAUUCCGCCGAACCACCUAGUGCCCGAGUACAAUGUGGGCAUUCAGAAGAAUGUGCAGAUGUCUCGGAAACAGUUGGAAACUGGGACUGUGACGCUGUCCUUGCUGGAUGAGGACAAGAAAGUGGUCAGCCAGAACAGCGUGCGGAUAGAGAACAACGUCACGAAGGCUGAUGGGCUCACAGUGCCACUACAUCUACCAGGGGGCACGCAGAUUUGGUACAAGCUGCACAUGCGCUCGCCCGUGAAGGAUGCCGCCUCUUACGCCAACGACGUUCCCAACGCCGCUGACGCCGACGCCAUAGCCAAGAACAAAGGCACGACAUUCGGCUGCUGUCUGAAAUGCUUCCCGAGCGCGGGCACAACGGGUCCGCGUCUGCCAACGCAGAAUCGAGGGUUGCGCUAG